AUGUCGGGUCAUUACGGCCAACCUCCGUACGGCGGCUCACCUGCUCAAAACUACCAGCCUUACAACGCGCCCUCACCCGCACCGUACUCGAAGGCCCCGCCGCAACAACCUUCGCCUUACCCCGCACAAAAACAGCAACAACAAGGCUAUUCGCGACCUCCACCGCCACCACCCCAAGGUCAGCCCUAUGGAUCUUCGGGAUCGGCGUACCCUGGACAGCAACCGCCUUACCCUGGUCAACAAUCUCCUUAUCCGGGACAACAGUCGCCCUACCCAGGACAACAACAACAGCCACCUUAUCCCGGAUCUCAGUCGCCUUAUCCUGGACAGCAGCAACAGCAGCAGCAACAACCUCCCUCCUAUAACCAGGCACCUUACCCACCUCAGGGUGGCCCCGGUGGUCCCCCUCAGGGUGCACCUUACGGCGGCCAGGGACGUCCUGGCCCUUCACCCGGCCCUCCUGGUGGACAACAAUAUGGCGCGCCUGCUGGUCAGUAUGGACCUCCCGGUGGUGCCCCGGGACCCCAGGGUGGACCCGCGACUACCCAGCAGGUCGAUGCCUAUCGUCGCCUGUUAGAAUCCACCAUCCAAGAGAAGCAGCUGCAGAGAUUCUACCCUCCCGGAUCCAAGGCCCUGGAUGGUCUCAUUCAGUACCUCGCCAACGAGGCUCCCGGCCGGUUGCAGCGCAUCGUGCAGGAGCUGAAUGUGCCGAUGGAAGUUGCCACCGAUCUCAUGAAGCUCGCCCUGUUUGAUGUCAUUCUCUACGUGGAUGACAGUGGAUCCAUCGAAUUCGAAGAAAAGGGUCUGCGAAAGGAGCAACUGCGACAGAUUCUGGGCAUCGUGGCGACCGUGGCAUCGACUUUCGACCAGGAUGGUAUUGAAGUGCGCUUCAUGAACUCCAUGGAGGAAGGCCACGGCAUCCGCAGUUCCAACGAUGUCGAGAACCUCGUGUCGCGAGUCCGCUUCUCCGGUCUGACUCCCCUCGGAACGAGUCUACGACAGAAGGUUAUUGACCCUCUGGUCGUGGGCCCUAUCCGCUCGGGGCGUCUGCAAAAGCCCGUCCUUGUCAUUACCAUCACGGACGGUCAGCCUGCGGGUGAGGCACACAGCACAGUCCGCGAUACCAUCAGCUACGCUAUUCACGAGGUUCAGCGGGCGCAGUAUGGCACUGGUGCCGUCUCCUUCCAGUUCUCGCAGGUCGGUAAUGACACGCGUGCGCGGGACUUCUUGUCCGACCUUGACGAGGAUCCGGAGAUUGGACAGCUGAUUGACUGCACAUCGAACUUUGAGGUUGAGCAGGAUGAAAUGUCGCGCGCUAACCCGCCUGUGCACUUGACUCGUGAGCUCUGGUGCGCUAAGCUCAUGCUGGGUGCCAUCGACAGUUCCUAUGACACCAAGGACGAGAAGGCAGCUCGGCGCGCCGGUGGUGGCCCUCCCCCAGGACCUCCUCAGGGUUCAUACGGUGGAGGUGGUUAUGGCCAGCCACCUCCUCAACAGGGUUACAAUGCACCUCCAUCGGGCUAUGCCCCCAACCCAUACAACCAGCAGCCCGGCGGCUAUCCCCCACAGCAGCAACAGCAGCAACAGCCCCCCUACCCGGGUGCAAACCGAGGAAAUGCUCCCGGCUAUGGUCAACCCCAGCAAUAUGGAUACGGUGGACCACCCCCGGUGGAGCACCUGGCUACCCCCCCUCGGGAGGAUAUGGACAGGCGCCACCACCUCGUCGGUACUGAAUGGGAGGGAAAGUGA